AACCAUAGAUUAGAAAUGUUAGCCGGUGCCGUCCAUAUGACAAUUAAAUUAAACUCAACUAUGAUGGUACAUACAAGAGUUUUACGUGCAUGACUCAUGUGGAGGCUUAUUCAUAGACUCUUCAGAAAAUUUAGUAUAUACUAGUAAAUGUCUUUCCAAUUUUAAUUUGGCUUUAAAAAAUCUAAAUAUAGUUUUAUUAAUAAUAAUUUGAUAGAUCCAACUAAUCAACGUUACCAUCUUCACCAAUUCCAGCACGUAACCACAUCUUUACUCGUCAAAUCCUCCAAUACCCAAUAACUCAAUCUUUUACAAAUUCAUUUUAUCUCUUCACAAAUCCCAAUCCACAGCUUUCUCUUCAUAAUCUCAACUUCACCCCAAACCCAGAAGAAUCAUGGGUACCGAAACAACAUCAAUGGAUCACAUCACGGAACCUUUGAUUCAAGAUCCACAAAUCCACAACGAAAAGACUGAAUUUUUAUCCGAACCAGUUCCUGAAUGGAAGGAACAGAUCACAAUUAGAGGGUUGGUUGUCAGUGCGGUUUUGGGGUGUUUGUUUUGUAUCAUCACUCAUAAACUCAAUCUCACUGUUGGGAUUAUUCCUUCCCUUAACGUUGCUGCUGGUUUGCUUGGUUUCUUCUUUGUCAAGACAUGGACUGGUUUGUUGACGAAGAUUGGGUUUUUUACUAAGCCGUUUACUAGGCAGGAGAAUACGGUUAUUCAGACUUGUGUUGUUGCUUGCUAUGGCCUUGCUUUUAGUGGGGGUUUUGGUUCAUCCUUGAUUGCUAUGGAUCAAAAAACAUAUGAACUCAUUGGUCCGGAUUAUCCUGGUAAUAGAGCUGAAGAUGUUAUAAAUCCCGGCUUGGGAUGGAUGAUCGGUUUCAUGUUUGUUGUCAGUUUCCUUGGUCUUUUUAGUCUUGUGCCACUUCGUAAGGUUAUGGUUUUGGAUUAUAAGCUUACGUAUCCCAGUGGAACAGCCACAGCGAUGCUAAUCAACAGUUUCCAUACAAAAACUGGAGCAGAACUUGCAGGGAACCAAGUUCGGCAACUUGGAAAAUAUUUAAGCAUAAGUUUCUUCUGGAGCUGCUUUAAGUGGUUCUUCAGUGGAAUUGGAGAUUCAUGUGGAUUUGAUAAUUUUCCUAGCUUUGGUUUGACACUAUUUAAGAACACAUUCUACUUUGACUUCAGUCCAACUUAUGUUGGAUGUGGUCUUAUCUGCCCUCAUAUAGUGAAUUGCUCUGUUUUCCUUGGAGCCAUUAUUUCGUGGGGUUUUCUGUGGCCUUUCGUCUCCAAGCAUGCCGGGGACUGGUAUCCAGCUGACCUUGGUAACAAUGAUUUCAAAGGUCUUUAUGGAUACAAGGUAUUUAUAUCUAUUGCCAUUAUUUUAGGAGAUGGUAUUUACAAUCUAGUUAAAAUUAUAGUGAUAACCAUUAGGGAGAUGUGGAGGACAAGCUCCAAACAGAACAGCCUUCCUGUUGUGACCGAGGUUCCUGUUGGUGAUAGUUCUGAACUGCAAUUAGAAGAAAAGAAAAGGAAUGAAAUAUUUUUGAAGGACGGGAUACCAACCUGGUUUGCAGCAUCUGGAUACGUAGGCUUGGCAGCGAUAUCCAUCGUAACAAUACCAUUUAUUUUCCCUCCUCUUAAAUGGUACUUGGUUCUAUGUUCUUACAUCCUUGCCCCUGCCCUUGCCUUUUGCAACUCUUACGGCACGGGGCUCACGGAUUGGAGUCUUGCUUCCACAUACGGCAAAAUCGGUCUUUUCAUCAUUGCGGCAGCAGUUGGCACAAACGGAGGGGUGAUUGCAGGUGUAGCGUCUUGUGCUGUGAUGAUGUCCAUCGUUUCAACCGCAGCCGAUCUCAUGCAAGAUUUCAAGACAGGUUACCUCACUCUCUCGUCGGCAAAAUCCAUGUUCGUGAGCCAGUUGAUAGGAACAGCUAUGGGCUGUAUAAUUGCUCCCCUCACAUUCUGGAUGUUCUGGACUGCAUUCGAUAUCGGAUCCCCCGAUGGCCCUUAUAAAGCACCGUACGCAGUUAUAUUCAGGGAAAUGGCCAUUCUUGGUGUCGAGGGAUUCUCAGAGCUUCCAAAGUAUUGCAUGGAAAUGUGCGGCGGUUUCUUCGCAGGGGCAUUGGCUAUCAAUCUUAUAAGGGACGUGACUCCGCAGAAAUACUCACAGUACAUUCCAAUUCCAAUGGCAAUGGCAGUUCCUUUCUACAUUGGUGCUUACUUUGCAGUUGAUAUGUUUAUUGGAACUGUAAUAUUGUUUGUGUGGGAACAAGUGAAUAGAAAAGAUUCAGAAGAUUAUGCAGGAGCUGUUGCUUCUGGUUUGAUAUGUGGUGAUGGGAUAUGGACUAUUCCUUCAGCGAUUCUCUCUAUUUUGAGGAUAAAUCCACCAAUUUGCAUGUACUUCGGGCCUUCCUCAAGCAGCUGAGUUAGGUAGAAACUUUCCUCACCCCACAUGGUUUCGGAAUCGGAAGUUUAUCAGGAUGACAUGAUUUUUCUGGAACCGUACUUCCGCACAACACACAAAAAUUGCGUUCUUUUGUCUGGAGCAAAUUCCUUGGCUGAGUCCACAAAUUUGAGGCUGUCUUCUAAACCUUGAUGUCUGUUGAAACUGUGUAUGUAAAUAAAUCUUAGCUUUAAGAUUGAAGGGAAUAUCCAUAUCUGGUUUCCCUCUAUAUGUAUCUCUCUGCAAGGAAUGCCAUCACUGUGUUGACUAGAUAUAUUACUCUCAGAUUUGGUACAAUGUACAUUAAAAUGUCUCUAUUAAUUAAUUUAUUAUAUACUUUUUCUCUAUAA